AAUCAACCCACAAGUCCCGAUGGGCCCUGCGGGGGACACGGCGAGGCCCGGCCGCUUCUUCGGCGUCUACCUGCUCUACUGCCUGAACCCUCGGCACCGGGGCCGCGUCUACGUGGGCUUCACCGUCAACCCUGCUCGUCGGGUACAGCAGCACAACGGGGGCCGCAAAAAAGGCGGGGCCUGGCGGACCAGCGGUCGCGGGCCCUGGGAGAUGGUGCUUCUCGUGCACGGCUUUCCUUCCGCCGUGGCCGCCCUUCGGUUCGAGUGGGCCUGGCAGCACCCGCACGCCUCGCGCCGCCUGACGCACGUGGGUCCGCGCCUGCGCAGCGAGGCGGCCUUCGCUUUCCACCUGCGUGUGCUGGCGCACAUGCUGCGCGCGCCGCCCUGGGCGCGCCUGCCGCUCACCGUGCGCUGGCUGCGCGCCGACUUCCGACGUGAGCUGUGCCCGCCGCCGCCGCCGCACAUGCCGCUGGCUUUCGGGCCUCCGCCGCCCCGGGCCUCCGCCCCAAGGAGCAGCUCCGGUCCCUUAGUUGACCUGGAGUUAGAGCCCCACCAGGACGCCGCGGCCUUCUGCGCCCUGUGCGCGCGCUCCUUCCAGGAAGAGGAGGGCCCCCUGUGCUGCCCCCACCCUGGCUGCUGCCUCAGAGCCCACAUGAUCUGCCUAGCAGAGGAGUUCUUGCGAGAGGAGCCAGAGGAGCUUCUGCCUCUGGAGGGCCAGUGCCCUGGCUGUAAGAACUCACUGCUGUGGGGAGACCUGAUCUGGCUGUGCCAGGUGGGCACCGAGGAGGAAGAGGAGGACUUGGAAUUAGAAGAGGAACACUGGACAGACAUGCUGGAGACCUGAUCCUCGGCGCCCCCUAACCCUCUGCCCACUCCUUGUCUCUGGGCACUUUUUACUUGAGUACAAUAAAGAGUCUGAGUUAAGGGAA